AUGGCCUCAGCUCCUUCUGUGACUAGCCUGGCAGAUGAGGUCAACUGCCCUAUCUGCCAAGGCACCCUAAGGGAGCCAGUUACCAUCGACUGUGGCCACAACUUCUGUCGUGGCUGCCUCACUCGCUACUGUGAAAUCCCAGGCCCGGAAUCAGAGGAGUCCCUCAGCUGCCCGCUCUGCAAAGAGCCUUUCCGACCAGGGAGCUUCCGGCCCAACUGGCAGCUGGCCAACGUGGUAGAGAACAUCGAACGCCUUCAGCUGGCAUCCACGCAAGGUCUGGAGGUGGAGGAUGCCUGUCCCGAACACGGCGAGAAAGUCUACUUCUUCUGCGAGGAGGAUGAGGCACAGUUGUGUGUGGUGUGCCGCGAGGCUGGACAGCAUAGGGCUCACACCGUGCGCUUCCUGGAGGACGCAGCAGGUCCCUACAGGGAACAAAUACAGAAGUGUCUUAUGGGUCUAAGGAAAGAGAGAGAGGAGAUUCAAGAAAUCCAAUCAAGGGAAAACAAAAGAAUACAGGUUCUCCUGACUCAGGUGGCCAGCAAGAGACAGCAGGUGAUUUCUCAGUUUGCACAUCUGAGUCGGGUCCUAGAGGAACAACAGAGUGUCCUUUUAGCCCAGCUGGAGAGGUUGGAUGGGGAUAUCCUGAAGCAACAGGAAGAGUUUGAUUCUCUGGCCACAGGGGAGAUCUGCCGGUUCAGCACCCUGAUUGAGGAGCUGGAGGAGAAGAACAAGCGGCCAGCCAGGGGCCUCCUGACAGAUAUCAGAAGCACUCUAAUAAGAUGUGAAACUAGAAAGUGCCGGAAACCCGAGGCUAUCUCCCCAGAGCUGGGCCAGAGGAUCCGGGACUUCUCCCAACAGGCCAUGCCUCUGCAGCAGGAGAUGAAGACAUUUCUGGAAAAACUCUGCUUUGAGUUGGACUAUGAGCCAGCCCACAUUUCCCUAGACCCCCAGACUUCCCACCCCAAGCUCCUCCUGUCUGAAGACCGCCAGAGGGCUCGGUUCUCCUACAAAUGGCAGAAUUCACCAGAUACUCCGCAGCGUUUUGACCGAGCCACCUGCGUCCUGGCCCAGCGUGGCUUUACAGGAGGGAGACACACUUGGGUGGUGAACGUUGACUUGGUCCACGGAGGCAGCUGCACCGUAGGCGUGGUGAGAGAGGACGUCCGACGGAAAGGAGAGCUGCGGCUGAGACCGGAGGAAGGCGUCUGGGCCGUGAGACUGGCUUGGGGAUUUGUCUCAGCGCUGGGUUCCUUCCCCACAAGGCUGGCCCUGGAGGAGCAGCCCCGAAAGGUGCAGGUGUGUCUUGACUACGAGGUAGGCUGGGUGACCUUUGUCAACGCUGUCACCCAGGAACACAUCUAUACCUUCACUGCCUCCUUCACGCGGGAGAUCUUUCCCUUGUUCGGACUCUGGGGCAGAGGCUCGAGUUUUUCCCUGAGCUGCCGAGAAGGUGCUGUUUCCCUCCUCUGUGUACAGGACUGA